UGAGCCGGCACAGCAGGCAGCGCGUCAUUUAGGACGAGCAGACGAGCACAUAGCAACUUCUUAACGAGGACGAUAUCGCCGUUGUGGGCGUUGCGACUUAGAAACAAGCCAGCAAAUAAAUAAAUAUUUGCAAAAUAAAAUAAUUGGAAGCGAAAAUGAGACGCAGGAAAUUAAAUUCAUUACGCAUUUCUCUUGUCGUGUUGGGUUUCCUUCUGUGCUUUAAAGCGAGAGCAACGGCUUUAACGCUCGGUAACGCGGAGCUGAGGCAACAAACGCAACCGCAACCGUUUGAGGCGCGUAGUGCGCGUCAACAACAACCGCAAGGCGGUCGCCAACACGACGCACGAGGCUCGCAGCCUUUUAACGCCUUAUUAACUUCAGUUGGACAGUUGGCCGAUUCACCGCUUCGCCAUGGCGGGCAUUUAGCGCUGACAACUAGCAAAGCGGGUAGCCGCAAGCGUUUGGCGCGCUCUGCGGAUGAUGGUGGCAUGAACUUUGGCGAUAUAUUUCAAGCGAUAAUUCAGUUUGUGGUGACUAGCAUUGACGCUUUCUUGAAGCUUUUCGCAACAAAAGCAGGUGAUGAGGAGAAGUAGUAAGCAGAUCAUACGUGGGAGUAGGAGUUUCGUAAGAAAGGAAGAUGACAUA